UACUGGAGCCCAUGUGCACCAUUGCUUUGGGAUCAGGGUUUCCCAACUCUAGGUGCAUCAUCCGUAUUCACCAGCCCGGUUAAAGCACCGGACAUUUGCUUUUCAUCCUCUCAGUUUCCUGAACAACAUCUACCGCGAGAAGCUGGUGAGUAGACCUUUCUUGGCAGUGGCUGUAUGCGCGUGACCAUGUGAGAGCAUUUCAUCCUUACCAGGGUAUUUGUAGGAUGGGAAUAUAUUUUCCUAAUGGGAAGCGAAACUUAUUACUAGGGUAUUCAUCAGAAUCCCAAAAGCUUAUAAAUUUAGUAUAUACCUGAAUUUUAUCAAGAACUGAGUGUAUCCACACAGAAAAGCUAUUUUUCAGUGAGUUUUAACAUCGUUCCACAACUUUCAGUACGCAAACAUGUUUCACAUGUUUUAUGCAUAUAACUUUCUGUUUUAGAUUGUUACUAAUUGCUUAAAUGAAAAAAACUGUUGUUUUGUUAUAGUAUUUAACUGUUCUAAUCGGAUACAUACAUAUACAUGUAGGAAGCUAUGUUCGGAAAUGAAGAUAUGUUUGAUGAUGGGGAGUUAUCCGUUGAAUAUUCCUCAGAUGACAACUCCGAGCCCAAUGUUGAUUUAGAAAAUCAGUACUACAUGGCAAAGUCGCGAAAAGAUGACAAUCCAGAUAUGGCACUUUUAGAAUUCCAGAAAGUUUUAGAUAUUGAAGGUACUGGGAAUAAAGGCGAUUGGGGAUUCAGAGCAUUAAAGCAAAUGAUUAAAAUAAAUUUCAGGCUUGGAAGGUUCGAUAAUAUGAUGGAAAACUAUAAAGUCCUCCUUACCUACAUAAAGUCAGCUGUAACUCGAAAUUAUUCUGAGAAGUCCAUUAAUUCGAUUUUGGAUUACGUGUCAACCUCCAAACAAAUGGAUUUGUUGCAGCAGUUUUAUAUCACUACUCUAGAUGCCCUUCGUGAGUCGAAAAACGAAAGAUUGUGGUUUAAAACUAACACAAAACUGGGUAAACUUUACUUGGAACGUGGUGACUAUAUGCAUUUACAAAAGAUUGUUAAGGAGUUACGUGAAUCUUGUCAGACAAAUGAUGGAGAAGACGAUCUUAAGAAAGGAACUCAGCUGCUAGAAAUUUACGCACUGGAAAUUCAAAUGUAUACAGCCCAAAAAAACAACAAAAAGCUUAAAGCAUUAUAUGAACAGUCUUUGCAUAUUAAAUCAGCCAUUCCACAUCCUCUCAUAAUGGGAAUAAUACGAGAAUGUGGUGGGAAAAUGCAUCUUCGCGAAGGAGAAUAUGCGAAAUCCCAUACUGACUUCUUCGAAGCCUUCAAGAACUAUGAUGAAUCUGGAUGUCAACGUAGGACACACUGUCUAAAGUAUCUUGUCUUGGCCAGCAUGUUGAUGAAAUCGGGUAUUAAUCCAUUCGAUUCACAGGAAACAAAACCGUACAAAAAUGAUCCUCAAAUUGUGGCUAUGACAAGUCUUGUAACAGCUUAUCAGAACAAUAAUAUCGUAGAAUUCGAGUCCAUUUUACGACAUCAACGUGAUUCAAUCAUGGAAGACUCUUUUAUUCGUGAACACAUUGAAGACUUACUUCGUAAUAUUAGGACUGAAGUUCUCAUCAAAUUAAUUCGCCCGUACACCAGAAUACGCAUACCUUUCAUUUCACAACGGUUAAAUCUAAGCGACCCAGAAGUAGAAAGUCUUCUAGUGGCUUGCAUUUUAGAUAAUACAAUACAAGCGCGAAUUGAUCAAGAGCAUCAAAUUUUGGUGCUUAGUACAGAAGCUACUUCAGAAGCGCGUUACCAGGCUCUUGACAAGUUAGCCCUACGGUUACGGCAUUUACAAAUGGCGAUGUCCAACAGAGUUCCUAUAACUAAUUAAAGAGCUUUUGAAUUUAAGCAAUGACAAAAAACCAACACGACAUGCAAUAUAAUAUACCGAAUUUUCUUCAAUACACGGAAAUUACAAAAAGCGUACGAUAUGCAAACAGAAACGUUUUCAACAAUCUUAUGUAAAAUUUACUAUGGCAAAAAUACAACUGAUAACGCAAGU